GCACCCUGUAGGCCGUAACCUUAAUUUUUUUUAUCUUGACUCCCUUUCAGCCGGUAUUUCUCGCCGUGAAGAGUGAACGUGUAGUGCCCGGUGACUUGUGAGGCCAGUCGGUUUUAGAUAUGGCCGUGAACACGAUCCUGCUCGACUUCACCGUCAAGUCUUCCGAGAUGCACAUGCACGAAGAACUUGUGACGAAGGUGCUUGGUAAUUACCUGCCGCAGCUGAACAAAACGUUCAACCGGCGGAUGGACGACGGCGGCUUCCUCCUCGUCCUGACCGCUGACCGAGGUGCGUUCGUCACCGUCCGAGGAUUCCCACAGGGCCUCAUCACCCUCAACAUAGAAUAUUACAAGAAGGACUCCGAAGAAGAGAUCAUCAAUUUUCGGCAAAUGCAGUCAUUGGAAGCACAGCUCACGUUUGUACUUAACACUCGUCGUAGCAAGCUGUUUCCAACUUUAAAGCGAGGUGCCGCCAUCGACUUCUAUCUGAACUCGUCAGAUGAAAGGAUUUUAGAGUAUGACAUCGAUGAGGUCGUGUUCGAGGAGACUUCUCCCUAUCAAAAAGUGCAAAUCGUCCACUCAAAAACAUUCGGCAACAUGCUCAUACUAGAUGGACUGCAAAAUUUGUCUGACCGAGAUUUAAUUUAUACUGAGACUCUUAUGCAGAGAGGUAAAGAGAACUUUGCUGGCAAAGAGAUUGUAAUUUUAGGCGGUGGUGAUGGUGCUCUGCUUUACGAACUCCUUAAGGAAAACCCUAAACUUGUUUUGAUGUUUGAGUUAGACGAGCUUGUGAUUCGAGUUUGUGGAAAACAUAUGAGAGAGUGCUGUGGAAACGUUCUAGAUUCCAUGAAAGGGCCUAACUAUGAGAUUAUUUUAGGCGAUUGUAUGAAAUCACUUGAGGCAAUGAUCCGUGAGGGGAGAAAGUUUGACUAUGUGUUUGGAGACCUAACUGAUGUGCCUGUCUCUCCGACUCCUCAAAACGAAGUCUGGGACUUCAACCAUCUUAUAAUCAAAACGUCCAUGCAGAUUCUCAAGCCUUCGGGGAAAUAUAUGACACACUGCUGUGGAGUGCCAUGCGCAGUGAAAAUGUUCGAAGAUCAAUUAAUGACUAUAGACAAAAACAUAGCAUUUUCAAAGGCGACUGCGUUCAUUCCUUCCUUCCUUGAGGACUGGCUCUUUUACCAAAUAUGGAGGGAGCAAGACAAAAAUUAAUAUUUAUCGUACACUACAUUUUUUUAUAAGUCACUAAUAAAUACAUAUGUGUUAUUCAACAAA